UCAGGCGGCCGAGCGAAUCAAAGUGUUCUGCAAGUAGGACACAGUCUUGAUAGGCACUUCCAAACUUCCUACGAUUUUCUGUUUUUAGAUGUCUUGACGUUUUGGGAAGAGAUACAAGUCGUGUCUCGGCUGCGUUUCCUUGGAAGAACUGAUAUUAGUGGUAGAAGGCAUGCAUGGAUUCAGCCUGCUAAAUCUAACCUCACCAUUACGUCGAUCAGGCGGCUGAAAUCUGCCAUGAUGGAAAUCGCUGAUACUAAUAGUGGUGUUCCUGCUUUCUUGACGAGUAUCAUGGCUGCAGUUCGCUCAGAAGCGGCCGACCCCUCCAAUAGACGUAUUCAUCUUGGGAAUGCGGAACGUCUUCUUCCCAACGUCAAUUUCCACUACGUGGAUGACAGGCAAGAUGCUGGAUCUGGAAUUUACGAUAUGAAGUGGAUCGAAGAUAUCAUGCAACGCUACCUCACCAAUCAACGAAGCUUGAAAAUACUAAUGGAAUCAGGUGUUAACACUGAGCUUGACACUGUUAAACUUUUGAACGAGAUGGAUUAUAGGAACGUUCCUGAUAUCAUGGAGCUGCAGAUGUCUACCAAUUCUGCUUAUCUGCAAGAACGAAUGCUAUGCGGCGACCGUGGAGCUGGCUUGGCAGUUGUGACAAACAUGCUCAGUGCAAAAUCAUUCUCAACCGCCAACUCCACCCGCAAAGCCCUCUCGAAAUAUUAUAUGUUGCUGACUGUUAUGGACCGGUAUGUUUAACAAUAAUAAUGCCAUGUACAAACCGCCGACCCUUAUUU